AGGAGCUGAACCUGAGUGAGAAUAAGCUUCAUGAUGCAGGAGUUCAGCAUCUCUCAGAGCUCCUCAAGAAUCCCCACUGCAAACUGGAGAAACUAAAGCUGAUGCGUUGUUCCCUCACAGAGAAGAGCUGUGCUGCGAUAGCGUCAGCUGCCAGAUCAAACUCCUGCAGUUUGAAGGAGCUGAACCUGAGUGGCAAUGAGCUUCAUGAUGCAGGAGUUCAGCAUCUCUCAGAGCUCCUCAAGAAUCCCCGCUGCAAACUGGAGAAACUAAAAGUGGAUGGUCGUACCUUCCUGAAGGAGAGUCCAGCAGCAGCAGCAGCCUCUGCUAGCAGCUCCCACUCAGAUGCUGCAGAGCUGCACCUCAGAGACAAAGUCCAGCAGGACCCAGGAGCACAGCUGCUCUCUCUGGACACUCACACGGAGGAUCACCACAUGGAUGCCCCACAGAGGAGUUGUAAAUCCUGUGCUGAAGUUCCAGACUCCAGCCACUGGGUCCUGGUGAAGCCUGAAGUCUCCACAGAGGAGAGCGUCUCCACCUACAUCCUGAGAGUGUCUCCACUUACAGCAAGAAGUUAUGAGUGCUCAGAGUCUGGUCUGCGCUGGACGUGUGCUGGUCCAGUCACCCUGCAGUACCGCUUCAUGGACUGGCAUCUCUUGGCUGAUGAGCUGCCCCACAUGCAGUACAGACCAGCUGGCCCUUCAAUGGACAUCAAGCUCAUGUCAGGAGAGCUGGAGGAGAUCCACCUGCCACAUUUCCUCUGUUUGGGAAGUAGUCUGUCUUCUCUGAAGGAUGCUGUGAAGGUUCUGCAUAAGCAGGACAGUGGAGUGUUGAUAGAGAAGUGUGAGCUGAGUCGCUUCCAUGCCAAACUGAUGAACCCCUCCUUUUCUCUUCGUGGGAUUUUCUACUCUCUAAUGUCUCUCAUCUCUCAGAUUAAGAUCCAUGCAGAUGUCCAGGUCUACUGGAGCAGGAUGGUACCCCUCAUUUUCCGCACAUACCUGCUGCCUAUGGAUAAGCAUCUCACAAAGUUAGUGGAGGAUCAGGAACAAUUGGAGGGAUUCAGAGGGUUCAGACUUGCUUUGCCUUGUCCUGAAGAACAUCUUCAGUUGAAUGACUUAUAUAGGUUAAAAACUGACUGCAAGUCUACAAUUUAUCCAGUAGAGCGGAAACUCAUAGAGGGCAGUUUUGUUCCCAAGUUCUUUAAGGUGCGCAUAAGCAAGGCUGACGACUUCAAGAUGGAGCUCCUCAGCUCUGUAGACAGUCAGCAAGUCUGGGAAGCAGAGAUCUUGGAAAUGGAAUGCUGGAACAAACCUCAACAGGACAAGUCCACACUCCCAAGCUCAUCUGAGGCCGUCAACAUCCCAACCUCUGUGGAGCAACAGACAGUCAACCAAGCAGAAGUCCAGAGAACUGAACGAUUGCGGAAACCUCAGCAGGACAAUACUCACACAGUAGAUGAAACUGUAGAAGAGUUCCUCAAAGACAAAAUGGCAGCGCUCAUUCAGAGGGUGACCAAUGUGAUGCCUCUAGCAGAUGAGAUGCUGUCGAAAGACAUCAUCAAAAGAGAACAGUACAACAACAUCAAAGCGGAGCUCACUGACCAGGGCAAGAUGAGGUGUGUGUUUGAUGCCUUGCGCUCUUGUGGGUCUCCUGAAAAAAGUUUGUUCUUCAAAAUCCUUCUGAGUCAACACUCUUCCCUGCUGAGAGAGUUGGGCUGGGAUUGAGUACAUUGGGAACAUGACCCACCACUUUACCCCCUACAGAUCAUGGGAGGAACAUGAGCAUGACCGUCUUUAGAGUGAACUGAAAUAUGGAGCCACAGUUUACACUUUUAGAUAUUUAAUGAAUAUAAAAUGAAAUCAGACAAUCAGGCAUUAUGUUUUUCCAAAGCUAGUCAUCUAACUUGGUAAUAGUCCACAGCCUUGCCUUGUCAGAAGACAAUAGCACAGUUGGCUCUGAUAGAACAUUGCUAGCUGGUGCACAUUUCAAAUAUGUUUUCCAAUAGCUGGGAAUGGUGGGAACAGCAGGAGUGUUUGUUUCUCCUCAAACAGAUUCCAACAAAAUGAACUUCAUCAAAUAAUGCUCCAGUGUUGAAGCAUUCAGGCUUCCUAAUACCACGUUUUGUACACAGUUACACGUAACAUGAUGUUGAUGAUAUGAAUUGAGCCACAAGGAAUUGUUAAGUUCUGAAUGGUGCACUUUUUCCAUUUUUAAUGUGUAUAAUAAUAUUAAUGAAAUAAAAUCCAGCGGAGUCAUUUGAAGAAAUAAUUUUAUCAAACGAAGUUGUCCUUUUCCUUU